AUGCGUAUUUCUAUUCAAGAAAUUCGUGCAUUCGCGCAUGCAACACCUCGAAGUAAAUGUUUCACAGGUGGUGAAAAUAUACUUAACCAAGGACACUUGUUAAACUGUGGCAAGAUAAGUGAGGAAAAUAAUUUCUUAAAAAUAAUUGCUUUUUGUCUCCAAUCCUCAAAUAUAAGAGAUAAUCCUCAUGAAAUUAAUGGGGAAGUUCUUAAAGAUAAAGGAAAAAUCGUGGGUAUGAGUUGUUCCUGUGCAGCUGGUUUAGGUGGUGAAUGUAAGCAUGUGGUAGCAACACUACUUUAUUUGAAUCGAAAUGAUUCGGAAAGUUUAAAAGUAAUCUCUUGUACUGAUAAAAAAUGUGCAUGGAGUGCUCCCAAACAGUCAGCACUACAACAGUACGAUAUGAAACCAUUACUGUCACAUAGCUGUUUAGAUAAUCUAUUAUCAGCUUUAGCAAUGCAUAUACUUGGAAGGCAUGAUCCUGUACAAGCAGAAACUAAUAAAGUAAUUAUAUCACCAGAUAAAAUGACGGCUAUAAUAAAGAAUCAACAGAAGUCUGAAUUACUUCUGAAACUGAAGAAUUUUGAUAUAAAAUUUACACCUGGAGAAUGUUGUAAAAAAACAUUAAGUCGUCUCUCAGAUGAUACUCGAAAAAUCUGUGAAGACACUCAUGAGUUCUAUAGUGUUUGGAUUAAGGAAAGGCAAUUGAGGAUAACCGCGAGUGAUGCCUACAAACUUUUUACUUAUCGUAAAAAUAAAAACCCAGAUUGGAAAAAAAAGUCUGUAGAUUACUUUUUUGGAGAAUCCUUCAGUAAUGCAAAUACAAAAUACGGUCUUAAGAAUGAAUCUAUAGAUCGUGAAGCUUAUGAAGCCAAAAUGUCUGUUGAAGUAGUUCAAUGUGGAUUGAUUAUCUCGAAGGAGAACCCUUGGCUAGGUGGCUCUCCAGAUGGAAUAAUAUUUAAAAAUAAUGAAUCAUACAAAAUUCUUGAAAUCAAAUGCCCAGUUGAAGGUAAAAAAACAAGUGCUGAGGAUUUAAUUAAAACAGUGAAAUGGUUAGAAGUACUAAAUGGUGAAGUAGGCUUAAAGAAGAAACAUAUGUAUUAUGCUCAGGUCCAAAUUAUUAUGUUGCUCGUCAAUGUGCAAUCUACUGAUUUCGUAAUUUAUUCUUCUUUCGAUAAGAGUUUUAAAAUUAUUCCUGUUAGUUUUGACAAAAAAUUUACUAAAGAUUUAUUGUUUUCAUUAAAAGUUAUAUAUUUUAAAUUUAUGUUGCAUAAUAUCUGUGAAAAAGAACGAGAGCAGCAAAGUGAAGAGUAA